AAAGCAGAGAAGGGCUGGCCAAGUUAUUGUGUGAAGUGGAUCUUGCCAUAAUGCCAUCAAGGACUGAGGGCUUUGGAUUGACUGCUCUUGAAGCCUUAUCUGCAGGCCUGCCUGUACUUGUAAGUGGUAACUCGGGACUUGGAGAAGCUUUCAAGAAAGUGGCUACUGGCUCAAACUGGAUAGUGGCUUCUGAAGAGCCCAAAGACUGGGCAAAGGCAAUCAGUGCUUUACGAGAAAAAGACAGGGAUGUGCGACUUGAGGAGUGUGAGAUACUUCGAGUGAAGUAUGGUGCGAAGUACAGCUGGCAAAAGCAGUGUUGUUCUCUUGUUGAAACAAUGCAGAAAAUCAGUUUUGCAGAUUCUCUUGGGUUAAGCGUUGAAUGUGAACCUGUCAAACUGAAAGGAUCCCACUCACAGACUGGGACAUUGGAUCCAGCAAAUGCAGCAAAACCCAAGGAAGGAACCAAAGAAACCAUAACUACUGCAGCAGUAACUUAUGAUGUUGAAGAAACAGUUGCUUUUAAAGAAGUCAAACCUGGUGACCGUGAACUAAAUGAGCUGGCAGGAAAGAUUGGUGGAAAGUGGAAUAAUCUGGGACUUCAACUUGGAAUUAGUCAGAAUGUACUGAAUGAUAUAGCGACUAAUGGAAAAGAUAAACCAUAUGAUAUGUUACUUCACUGGAAAAAUACAACACCUUCAGCUACACCUCAUAGUGACCUCCACCAUGCUUUGUGUCAUGAAAGAGUGGGUCUUGAUAACUUGGCCAAAGAAUUUUGUUGUAAGGAAACUACAUUAAACAUUUAAUCUUACAGUGGGACUACUUGAACCAGGGCUUUCACUGAUUUUUGGGGAUUGGUGGGGAAAUGAGAAAAAUGGGGAUAUGAUCUCCUCACAAUCUACAUGUACAAAAGGAUAUUUUUAAUCUUGAUAGAUUUGCCAAAAUACGAUAAUUUUCACUCAUUUGAAAUUAUGAUGCAAAGUUAUGUUUUCAUAACUACUUUGAAAUCAUGUCCACACAGCUGUAGGUAAUAAAAUUAUUAUGGAUUUUGCUAUGGAGGGGACCAAAAGGUACACAUAAGUUUAUUUCUUCUUAGGGGUUACAGUAGCAUCCCCCUGUAAAUUUGCAAAAAAUAUCUAGACCAGUCAAAGGGUUAUGAUCAUGAAAUUAUUUAAUAAGCAAUCCCACUGGCAUAGCUAUUGUGUUAAGUCUAUUGUGGUUAAUAGUGCAAAAAACAGAUCAAUGUGUUGUAUGUGGUAAUUCUUCACAUGAGUUUAAAUGAA